UGUUCUUCUAGAUGGUUAAUAAGGAAAGCUUUAGUUUGAAUCUAUAUGCAGUGGAUUCCUUGACGGUUUUUCGUUAUGUAGUUAUUUAGGCAGAUCGGGUAUCUUCUGUUUUCAAUCUAUCAGCCCUUCUUAACAUUAACAGUUCAGGGUCAAAGAAAAAAAAAAUUGAAUGGCUCAACAAUUGAAAUAGGGGUUCGAUGUGGGAAAUUUGGGUGUCGGACAGAUUGAGUUUUUUAUUUAUAAUAAUUUUGUUUUCUACGGAGUCAAAAUUUAGAGGUUAUUCACCCUUACAUGCAUUCGGAGAAUUGAUUUGUAGAGAUAAUGGAAUUUGAUCUUAGCUCUAGGUAGUAACUAUCAGCAGGGGUGGAGGACUGAGUGCUUGGAGAAGGUGAAUAAACUCCUUAAAGAAUAGAACAAUUAAUACCCUGGUAUAACCAGAUAAAAUCCCAACCUGGUAGAUGCAGUCUCACUUUCAUGGUUGACAGUGGUGUCCACCAUCUGAGCUGUGCAUGUUUUUGUACAUGAAGUAGGGACUACUAAAUUUUAUGAGUUUGGAGGAAUUUUCCACCGCGGGAUCCAGUUGAUCACUUAUUUCUGCAGCUCGUUGGUGGUUGUUGAUUUUCUGGACAUACUUGAAGACAAGAAUUACAAUCAGAAAACAGUAUGUUUUGUUUGGUUUUGUUGAGAAAUUAAGUCAAGUCAAGUCUAAUUAUUUGUAUUAAAAAAAAAAAGAAAGAAAAGAAAUUCAAGUCUAAGUGAUCACAAGAACGAAAACAGAUUGCUCAAAUCUUUUUUAUUUUUCCUCUUCUUGUUCUUCCGUUUCAUUGGCCUGGCAUCGUAAUUCGAAAAGAAGGGUUUCAUUAAUCUUUACCUCUCUCUCUCUCUCUCUCUCUCUCAUAAAUGGCUUAUGUACCAGCAGUUGCGUUCUUACUCUGUGCUUUAACGAUUGUAAAAGCUGAAAGAAAUCACUCCAAUGUUAUCAAAUUGGGUUCCUUUCUAUCUCCGAAUUCCAACCUGAAUUUAUGGCUCUCACCUUCUGGCCACUUCGCCUUUGGUUUCUAUCCACAAGGCAACGGCUUCGCUGUUGGGAUACGGCUUGUUAAUGAUCUUAGUGUGACUGAGCAAAGCAUAGUCGUCUGGACUGCACAGCGAGAUGGUCCGCUUGUCUCCUCCAACUCUACGCUACUGCUAACAGGAGACGGUCUGCUUCUUCAAACUGAGCAAGGCAAACAAGUACCCAUUACCGGAAAUUUGUCAACAACGGCAAGUUCAGCUGCUAUGCUUGAUUAUGGAAACUUUGUAGUCUAUGAUCAUCGUUCUCAAGUUAUCUGGCAGAGCUUUGAUUCCCCAACUGAUACCAUAUUGGGAGGUCAAAAUCUGACUUCUGGCAUGGAUUUGGUAUCUAGUGUGUCUGCAACCAACCAUUCUAGUGGACGAUAUUGGCUGCAGAUGCAGGCUGAUGGCAACCUCGUUUCUUACCAGAUAAAUAUCUCCACUCCAGAAGCUGCUUAUUGGGCUUCCAACACUUACGGUGACAUGAUGCUCAGUCUGAAAGUAUGGGGGUUUCUCGUUUUGCUUCCUGAAACUGGUACAGGUUCUGGACAUCCCUUGGCAACUGGCUCAUAUGACCCCCGCAAUAACAGAACUAUUAUCUACCGCGCAACGCUGGAUGCUGAUGGGAUUUUCAGAUUGUACUUGCACAAUUACUCUGUGAUGAGCCGCAGGUCAAGAGUGUUGAUUGUUUGGUCCAAUUUGCAUGACCAAUGUGAAGUCAGAGGUGUCUGUGGCUUCAACAGUUACUGUGCACUCAUAUUUGGAAAGACAAACAAAACUGAGUGUCAUUGUUAUCCCGGUUUUUUAAUCAACCCCAAUGAUGCGUUUCGGGGCUGCUAUAUGAACGGUAGUGACGAUGGCUGCACUGGCAAUGAAGGCCCAAGGCUGCGGUACAACAUGGCUUCCAUAGACCAUGUGUUAUGGCCAGGUGACCAUCCUUAUUCAGUGGUGCGAUUAGAGAAGCUACGAGUUUGCAGCGACUCUUGCCUGGAAGACUGUAGUUGUAAGGCAGUGCUGUAUAUUAAUGGCAGUUGCAACAAAUACAAGAUACCACUUAGAUAUGGUAGAACAAGCCCAGAUAUAUCAGCCACAGGCUUCAUCAAGGUAGCUGCAACACACAAUCUGCAGUUUCAUAAUCCAAUGGCUAACAGAAAUUCGACAUUGGUGAAAUAUGAAACCAAGAAUAGUCGUGGCUUGAUUGUAAUUCUUGCUGUGAGUCUGGGUUCUAUUGCAUGUAUAUGUUUUGCCUUUGCAGUCUCCAGUUUCACCAUAUACGUUUACCGACUUAAGAGGUACAAGAAGCUGUUCGAUCAUACCAAAGUGGGAUUGGCUGAAGAGUUGUUCAGUUUACAAUCGUUUUCUUACUCUGAGCUUGAAGACGUAACUCAUGGUUUUAAGGACGAGCUAGGAAGGGGCACUUUUGGAGCUGUUUACAAAGGAACUCUGUCAACUAGUAACAAAGUAGUUGCGGUGAAAAGGCUCGAGAAAGUUGUGGAAGAAGGAGUGAGGGAAUUCAAAGCUGAAAUCACUACUAUUGGACGAACUCAUCACAGAAACUUGGUUCAGUUGCUUGGUUUCUGUAUCGAAGGCUCUCGAAAGCUUCUUGUAUAUGAAUACAUGAGCAAUGGCUCACUUGCACAUCUUCUUUUUAAUAAGGCCGCAACCGUGCGCCCUUCCUGGAGAGAAAGAGUAGGAAUUGUGUUGGAUGUGGCUAAAGGGGUGCUCUAUUUACACGAAGAGUGCGGUGUGCAUAUUAUACACUGCAAUUUGAAACCCCAAAACAUACUUCUGGAUCACUCUUGGACUGCCAAGAUCUCCGAUUUCGGUUUGGCGAGGCUGUUAGUGCCAAAUGAUCAAACAAAAAUAGCUGCCGGAGUCGAACAGAGAAGCGGUUACUUGGCACCUGAAUGGCAGAAGAACGCCCUGAUAUCAGUAAAAUCAGACAUCUAUAGUUUUGGUAUUGUGCUUUUGGAGACUGUAUGCUGCAGAAAAAACAUAGAGUUAAAAGUUUCAGCUCCAGAUGAGAUGAUUCUUUCUAGUUGGGCAUAUAAAUGCUUUAAGGCCGGAGAAGUAUAUAAGCUUGUGGAAGAUGAUGAUCAAAAUGUAGAUUUGAAGACACUAGAGAGAAUGAUUAAAGUGGGGCUGUGGUGUGUUCAGGACGACCCAGGUUUGCGUCCCCUCAUGAAGAACGUAAUCUUGAUGUUGGAAGGGACAACGGAUAUACCAGUCCCUCCAUCUCUAGAGCUUCCCAAGCCUGUUGACUUUUGAUUAAUCAAAUCCUUGUUUAUCAGGCUUUACGCAUUAAGUGAUAUGCAUAUGAAGAUAUGUUAUGGAACUUUUCUAGACUCGAUAUAUGGAUGUAGCUAGACUCAUCCAUAUUCUAAUUUGGUAUGUCUUUGAAAUGUAAUAAUCAAUGUCCAAAGUUUUUUUA